AAGAGAGGGCGAUGGGGCCGGAGCGGUCGGUGUCCUACAUUUCGCUGUUCCGGUUCGCGGAUGCCAAAGAUUUUGUGCUGAUUGCGGCUGGCACGCUCGGCGCCGUCGUCAAUGGCCUCACUUUCCCUGCGAUGCUCAUCAUUCGCGGCCGCAUGAUCGACAACUUUGGUACUUUGCCACAGGACGGCGCGAUGAGCACGAAGUUCUCCCAGGACGCGCUUCUUUUUGUUUAUAUUGCCAUUGUUGCGUGGAUCGCGUCAUACAUUGGUAUCUUAUCCAUAGACUAAAGAAAAAGGAAUAGAAGAACAACUUAGUGGGCUUGCUUAAA